AUGUCAAUUCGUUCUUGGUCACCAAGCCAAUUUGAUGAUGAUUUUAUUCAAUUAUUAACCAAGGAUAUUGAGUCAUUUUUUGCUCAAUCUUAUCCAAAAAGCCAAAAAUUUAUUUUUAUCUUGCCUCCUUUACCACCAAAAUUUCGUUUUCUAAUUCAUGAAGUUGUACCACAAAUUUUCGGUGAUAAAUUAUCCACAUUAUCGAUUGGUUCGGAUAAAAAAAGACGACCAAUAAUUUAUUUGAAAUCAUUUUUUGAAAAUCAAAAAAAUCAAAAUGAUUCACUUUUAAUCAUAACAAAUUUACCUGAAAAAUUAAGAGAAAAUCGAAAAAAACCUCGACAUCCAGAUAAGCAACUUUAUCAACCGCCAAAAAGUCGAAAAAAAAUUUUCAAUCCCGUUGAAUUUUCCAAUCAUAAUCGUAAAAUGCAACAAGAAGAUAAUGAUGAUAAUGAUGAUUUAUCUUGGGAUAAUUUAUAUGAUGAUAAUGGUGAUAUAAUUAAUGAUUUAAAUACACAAUUUGAAACAAUCAAUAUUCGAUUGGAAAAUGUACAAAAAUCUACGGCAAAUUAUUCUAAAUUUAUUGAUAAAAAUUUGGAUAAUUCUCCCGCACAACCACCACCAUCAUCGAUAUCAUCAUCGGCAACAGAUUGCUCACACAUUCUAGAAAUCUAUGAUAUAUCACCGGAUCUCAAAACAAAAGAUAUAACCGCUUGUUUAUCGUUCAAUAAUUUUAAAAAUUUCGAAAUCGAUUGGGUCGAUGAUACACAUGCAUUGGUUACAUUUCAAUCAAAUAUACAAGCAACCGAAGCAAUGAAUCGAAUGUUUCCAAUUAUGAAAGUUCGUCCAAUUGGCCAGGCAACUAAUGAAUCAAAACAAAAAGCUAAAAAAAUUAAAGAUAGCGAUGUAACACGGAAAUUACGACCCGAAACAUCAGCCAUAACUGCCAAACGUUUAGUAAUUGGUGCGCUAGGUUUAAAAUCAAAUCAAAUAAUUGAUCCAAAACAACGAGAAGCUGAACGUGAAAAAUUACGUUUAGCUAAAGAAAAAAAAGAAAAAACAUUACGAGAAUCAAAAAAUAUCUGGAAUGAUGAUUCGUAA